CAAGACAGAAACUUCAAAGUUUUAUUUUAAUUAUGUUAACAAAGAGAAAUGCAGUGCGGGGUCCAGUUACCCCAACCUAUCAAGUGUGGGCCUGCGAGAGGGGGCAGGGUCUACAAAAAAGCACACUUCUCUUCGUAUCACCUUUAGGCUAUGCUGCUGAAGUCAUCUCGCGGGGCCGGGUGCAAACCCUGGCCUUGGGGGCUCCUCGAUAUCAGCACACUGGCCGGGUGGUGAUGUUCAGACAGAGCGCUGGUGCCUGGGAGCUCAACGGGGAUGUCAAGGGCAGCCAGAUUGGCUCCUACUUCGGGGCCUCCCUCUGCUCCGUGGACGUGGACAGAGAUGGCAACUCCGACCUGGUCCUCGUCGGGGCUCCCCACUACUACGAGCCGACCCGGGGGGGCCGGGUGUCUGUGUGCCCCUUGCCCCGGGGGAGGGCCAGCUGGCAGUGCCAGGCCGUGCUCCGCGGGGAGCAGGGUCACCCCUGGGGCCGCUUUGGGGCGGCCCUGACCGCGCUGGGGGACGUGAAUGGGGACAAGCUGGCGGACGUGGCGAUCGGGGCCCCGGGGGAGCAGGAGAACCGGGGAGCCGUGUACCUGUUCCACGGAACGUCGGGGCUGGGCAUCAGCCCCGCCCACAGCCAGCGGAUCGCAGGCUCCCAGCUCUCCCCCACGCUCCAGUACUUCGGUCAGUCCCUGAGCGGGGGCCGGGACCUCACGAUGGAUGGCCUGAUGGACCUGGCUGUGGGGGCGCAGGGGCAGGCGUUGCUGCUCAGGUCCCAGCCGGUGCUGAGAGUUCAGGCGACCAUGAUCUUCAUGCCCAGGGAGUUGGCCAGGAGUGUGUUUGAGUGUCGGGAGAAUGUGGUGAGAGGCCUGACUGCGGGGGAGGUCAGCGUAUGCCUCCGCGUACAGAAGGGCACGGGGGACCGGCUGCCACCAGAAGAGAUCCGGAGCUCCAUCCUCUACGACCUGGCGCUGGACUCCACGCGCCCGCGGCCCCGCGCCGUCUUCGCGGAGACGAAGAACAGCACACGCCGGGGGACGCGGGUCUUGGGGCUGAGCCAGACGUGUGAGACCCUGAAGCUGCAGUUGCCGGAGUGUGUGGAGGACUCCGUGACCCCCGUUGUCCUGCGCCUCAACUUCUCCCUGGAGGGGCAGCCCUUGUCCUCCUACGGGAACCUGCGGCCGGUGCUGGCCGUGGACGCUCAGACCCUCUUCACGGCCUCGCUUCCCUUUGAGAAGAACUGUGGCAACGACAGCGUGUGCCAGGACGCCCUCAGCAUCAGCCUCAGUUUCACCAACCUGCACACCCUGGUGGUGGGCGGUCCCCGGAACUUCAACCUGACGGUGACGGUGCGGAACCAGGGCGAGGACUCCUACGGCACGCGGGCCGCCUUCUUCUACCCGCCCGGCUUGUCCUACCAGAGGGUGUCAGGGGUCCAGUCCCGGCACUCCUGGCGGUCCUGGCGUGUCAACUGUGAGUCCGACCCCUUCGCCCAAGCUGGGGCCCUGCACAGCGGCAGCUGCACAAUAAACCAGCCCAUCUUCCCCGGCAACUCAGAGGUCACCUUUAACAUCACGUUGGACGUGGACUCUGAUGCCUCCCUGGGAGACAGACUGCUGCUCACGGCCAACGUGACCAGUGAGAACAACUCGCCGAGAACCAACCAGUCGGAGGCCCAGCUGGCGCUGCCGGUGAAGUACGCCGUGUACAUGGUGGUGGCCAGUCGCGAGAGCUCCAUCAAAUUCCUCAGCUUCCCAGCUUCCACGAAGACCAGCCAGGCCAUAAGCCAUCAGUAUCAGUUCAACAACCUGGGGCAGAGGGGUCCCCGUGUCAGCGUGGUGCUCUGGAUCCCCAUCCGGCUGGACCAGGAGCCCGUGUGGGGCGACCCCGCCGCCGUCUUCUCCCCGGACCUGAACAGGACCUGCCGCCAGGAGGAGCGGGAGCCCCCACGCUCCAGCUUCCGUGCUGAGCUGAGCAAGGCCCCAGUGCUGAACUGCUCCGUCGCCGUGUGCCUGCGCAUAUGCUGCGCCCUGGCUGAGCCCUUCGGCGGCCAAGAGGGGUUCAGCGUCAACCUCACGGGCAGCCUGUCCUUCGGCUGGUACAUCGAGACGCUGCACAAGCACCUCCAGGUGGUGAGCACCGCGGAGAUCCUGCUGGACGACCCGGGGUUUGUUCAGCUGCCCGGACAGGAGGCCCUCGUGAGGGCCCAGACAGAGACCAAGGUGGAGCCGUUUGUGGUGCAGGACCCGGUGCCGCUCAUCGUGGGCAGCUCCGUGGGGGGGCUGGUGCUCCUCGCCCUCAUCACCGCGGCGAUGUACAAGCUCGGCUUCUUCAAGCGGCAGUACAAGGACAUGAUGAGUGAAGCCGCUCCUGAGGCCGCCCCACCCCAGUAGCCGCUCCUCCCGCUGCGUGGCGUCUCCUGUGGGUAGACCAGCGCACAGGCUCUGGACAGACACGUCCGUCCGUCCGUCCAUCCACCCGGAGACUGUGGUGAUGUCUCACUCAGAAAAGACCUGCUUAGGUUUCCAUUUCUAUUCGUGUGUGAGUGUUUGUUGUGUGUCUCAGAUGUCUCUGCACGGGGGCCAGACGCUUUGGCAAACCCUCUCAGGAGGAAUGCUUGGGCUGAAGGCGCCGUCCAGCCUUCCUCCAGGACAGAGGUGAAGGCAGUCCCUGCUGAAGGGAGGCCUCCCUUCGGGGCGAGGACACCUGCAGCAGCUGGACAGCCACCACACAGGCCCCAUGGGGAGCCACGUUAAGGCCCAGACCUGGCCAGCCGACAGGAGCCUGCCCAACCCCCUCCACACAAAGCUAAGAACGUCCAAUAGGCAAUGACACCUCCCUUUACCAAUUACUGACUGUCCUAAUGUCACUUUAGGUUUUGAAUAUAUAAACCUGUUCAUAGUGUAAGUCAACAGUCUCCCUUCCAGCCCGAUCGCCCACCAUUUAAGUCACUUCUGAAGGCCAGUCAAGGCCACGUGUUUUCGGGUCUCCUUCCCGAGGACUCUAGGCAUAUGCAAACAGACACACACACACACACACACACACACACACACGAUUUUCACACAGAUGAUAGCACAGGCUAUUUAUCCUCUUCUGCAUCAGCUCUUUUUCAUUAAUAAAGCUCAGCCAUUGUUUCAUAUAAGACAUAAAGUACUUUUUCAUUCUUUUAUACAGCUCAACAGUAGUUCAUUGUGUCAUGAUGAACUACUUAACCAGUCUCCUUUUUAAAAACUUUUUAUUAA